UGUGUGUGUGUGUGUGUGUGUGUGAGUGUGAGUGUGUGUGUAUGAGUGUGUGUGUGUGUGUAUGUGUGAGUGUGUGUGUGGGUGUGUGAGUGUGUGUGUGUAUGUGAGAGAGUGCGGUGAGGGGAGACUGACGUCUUCACUUCCUUGAACUGAACCACAAUGUGUGAGUUGUUCAUCUUGAGCGAUGAUCAUUCCCACACCUCCGGACUUCGUAACCGUCUCAAACAGCUGAACACAGAUGAGCUUUAAAAGGAACUGGAUCAUUUCGGAUUAUAAUGAAGCUCCUUCUCGGUGUUAUUUGUGUCCUUCUCUCGGCGCGAAGCUUCGUGAUAUCUGGGAUUAAAAUGAAUGGAUAUGAAGGACAGUCAAUCACAAUAGAGUGCUCUCAUGUGUGGGCAAACGGUAACAGGAAGUACUUCUGUAAAGACCCGUGUAAAGAAGAAAAGGAUGUUGUUGCUGACUCGGUCAAACCUCUUCAUGUGAGAUAUCAGGUACAGGACAGAGGGAACGUCUUCACUGUGACUAUUACUGACCUGAAAAAGACGGACUCUGGGAAAUACUGGUGUGCAGUAGACAGAAUGCUUGGUGACACGUACACUGAGGUCAGCCUUACAGUUCUUGAGGUGCUGCCGAGUUCUCCAUCACUGAGCACACGAACUCACAUUUAUUCUCCAAGUACUAUUAGUUAUCUGGGAAGUACUUCAAUAACACCCAAUGCCACAUAUACAACAGUUACUAUAGCAACAAAUCAGCCAACUGACAACAACAACCAAACAACAGAUUGGCGACUUUACCUCUAUGUGUCUGUGGGGGUUUUACUGCUCACUUCACUGGUGUGGAUUCUGGUGUUUUUAACUUUAUGUUAUAAGGAGACUUCGGUGAUGUUGCGGUGUUGCCCAGGAAGACCAAAGGCUUCUGACUCUGAAGGCAAUUCAUUUGAGAUCCAGAACUCCAUUUCCCAUAAUCCUUGUCCUGCCAGUACACACACGCCACCUGAAUACGAAAAUGUUCUGAACAUCACCAGUACAUUGCCUACCUACAAUAUAUACACUGUUCAAUGAAAUAAAUGUCCAUCUAGUUAAUUAUUAAUUUUCAUAUCACAAAACUAUAUAUUGUUCUAUAUUUUGUAUGUAUACCUUUUGCAAUGAAUUUGAAAAUGUCAUUUCCUGUUUACUGUCUGUGAGUAAUUUAUGCCCAAGAGUUUUCCAGUUAAAUAAAAUAAAUAAAUAAAUAAAUAAAAUACGGUGCAAUGCACAGGUAAUAGCAUGUGUGUGUGUGUGUUCGUUCAGGGAAAAAUAAUUAAAAUAUAAAUAAAUGGCCUAAUAGAUAAAUUAACAGAUAUACAUAUUUUAAAAUGACAAAAAUGUUUUGAAUGUUGUCUAAUUAUGUGUUCAUUAAUUUAUUAACUCAUUUUUAAAAUUAUAUUUAUUCUAUAAUUUAAUUUGCCAUUUAUUUGUAUAAAUGAUAAAUUAUUCAUAAGGUACGUUUUUAUUGAUUUGAUUCACAGUUCUCUAGAUUUUUUUUUUUUUUUUUUUUCUGAAAUGAUCAUCACCACUCAGUGGCUUGCUCAGUUGGGAUAAAUUCACUCCUUUAAUAUCUGUAUACCGUGUUGAUAUUUCUGUAAAGCUGCUUUGAGACAAUGUCUAUUGUAAAAAGCGCUGUACAAAUAAAAUUGAAUUGAAUUGAAUUGAA